UUAAAACACCGGAGCCUCCCCGGCCCCCACCCACGGGCUGGGUGAGAGGAGGGGCUGGCUGCAGACGCCAGGCUGCCCAAAGGCUCCGUGAGGCGGGCAGGGGGAGAGGGCAGCGAGCGAAGGGGGAACCGUUCGGAGGGAGCGGCCAGCUGCCCCCCAGGGAGCCGAGUCCCGGCGCUGGCAGCGGCGCGGUGCUCCUGGGACAGACGGACGGACACGCCUCCCUGGGCUCGCCCCUUGCACGGGCAGGCAGAGCCGGCGGGGCCGCUGGGGAGCUGCCGCGCUCAGCCCGUCCCGCAUGCGGGCAGCCAGGGGCAAAGAGGGCGCCAGCCUCGCCCGGCCACGGGGGGCGGCGCUGCUCGGCCUCCUGGCCGCCAGCGCCCUACUCGCCCUGGCCCUCCAGAGCUUCCCGGGCGCUGGCCCCUGCUGGGGGGCGAAUGGGACGCGGGGCUGCCCCCGGCCUGCCAGGCGGCCUCCCCCGGCUCUGCUGGACGAGCUGAGCCGGAGGCAGCGGGACCUGCUGCGCUUGGCCACGUCUGCCGGGGACACGGAGCUGGGGCUGAGCCGCGGCGGCCGCCUGGGCUGCGGGGACCUGAGCCGCGUAACCGAGCUGGGCGUCGUGGGCUCCGGCUUCACCAAGCUGGUGCUGCGAGCGGCGCUGCCGGGGGCCGGAGCCAUCGCCCUCAAGUCCGUGCACCGGGCCGGCAGCGACGUGAGCCGCUGCGUGCAGCGCUACGGGCACCCCGCCGGCUGCCACAGGCUGGCCAGCUACAAGCUGCUCAAGGAGGUGACCCUGCUGCAGCGCCUCGACCACCCCGGCGUCGUCAAGUUGCAUGGUCAGUGCUAUGAUAAUAGCUUAGAUCCUGAAAUAAGGGUCAUAGCUAUGCUGGAGCUGGGAUCCCCUCUGGAGAUGAUUCAGCUUCUGCAGACUCCCUGGGAGGAGAGAUUUAAAAUUUGCCUGAGUCUAGUGAAACUGCUGUUUUACCUGGCACAUUCCCCUCUGGGUUCAAUAGUCCUCUUGGAUUUCCAGCCAAGGCAGUUUGUUAUGGUGGAUGGAAACCUAAAAGUGACAGAUAUGGACGAUGCCAGCACCGAGGAACUGUCAUGCAAGGAAGAUAAUGACUGCACACUAGACUUCCCUGGAAAAAGCUUCAUUCUCAAAUGUACUGCAGCUGGGAAAUGUGACGGACUAAAUGAAAAGAAGAAUCUUUUUAAUGCAUACCGGUAUUUUUUCAUGUAUCUUUUGCCACACACUGCACCUUCUGCUUUGCGGCCCCUUCUGGGUGAUAUUCUGAACGCAACAGGUGAUUUACGAUAUGGAAUAAAUGAAACCCUAGGAGCUUUUGAAAAAGUUUUACAUUUGUACAAGUCUGGGCUAUAUCUACAGAAAAGGCUUCCUCUUUUAAAAGAAUACAUCACCCUAAAGGGAUUCCGAACCAUGGAAAUGCAGGACUAUAAAUGCUGGCCCUCCUACAGCCAUCUGGGAUGUUUGCUCUCCAUUUAUAAUGCAGAGGAAGCUGCAGCAAUCUGUAACUCUCAACCACAGUGCCAAAGUUUUAUUGUCACUCAACAGAGAACAUGGACAGGACGCCCACUUGCCUCAUUUCGAAGUAGCCUGACUGACUUAAUACCAGACGUCAAUGCUGUACUCUAUAUUAAACGAUCUGCUCCCUGAAGGGAAAGACUUUAAAAACAGUGAGAGCUCACAUAAAGCGAUUUGGGGAGGAGUCAUUGGGAAGAACAUCAUCUACCAAAAGGAAUGAUACUUUUUAUUUUGCUUUAGAUGCGAUCUCCAUACUAGCUUGGACUGUGUAAAAUGGUGGUGUCUGCUUGAUCAAAGCAGAGAUUAUCCAUAGCCAAAUGCUCUCCUCUACACAAUCCCACCUGGUUAUUAACCUGUUCCCAGACUCUGCUGUUCCUUGUAAACAUUUGCAGUUUUAGUUCAAAUGUUGCAAUUUGCAGAACCUCGGCUUGCCGCUUUCGGAACUUGUCAGCGAAGGAAUAGAAAUGGCCAUGAGGGACUUGGCUGUAGUAGUCCUAGUUAGUUCAUCUGUCUUUGAAAAUCUAUGACUAAUGCACCGCUGACGAACAUACAACUCCCCAAUGAUGGGGCUGCCAAAAGGGAUUUAGUAACAUCAUAAAUGUAAAGAAUCCAUACAUUAGCGAUGAGGCCCAAGGUGCACUGUUUGGAUCCAGAGCCAUGAUUUUGGAUCUGCCCAUGGGGGUGGGAGGCAGGAGGUCGAGGUAUGCAGUUCAGAAUGCGGGGUUUGGGUUCAGUCCAUUGUGCAGGGUAAGGGGGUAGGCGUGUGGUUCAGAAUGCAGGGUUUGGGUUCAGCCUAUUGCGGGGAAGGAGGUAUGCAGUUCAAAUCCAGAUGCAAAGUUUGGGAUGUUUGGAUGCAGGGUUUGGGUUUGAUGUGUGCGUUUUAAAACACCCGUUCCCUUGUAUCAACCUUGAAGGUUGUUCAGUGUUACUUUCAGUGAAAGAAAUUCUGCUGAGCAAAAUGUUCAAAAUAUUUGUCUGAAGUUCUAUUCUGUAUGGUAAAGAACUGCUACUUUCCUCUUGACAAUGAGGUGAAGGGGGAGGGUUGUUCUGUUGCUUUGAUGAGAUAAUAUAUUGCAUGGGCUCUCUGGGCUGAGUUCCUCUGAAAAGGCUUCAGGAUUUCUAUGCAUUUUAAACUGCAAUAAAUGGAGACAUACCCAACAUUGUGCCUGGACAGGAAUGACUGGGAGUACAGCACUGCCUGUUCUUUUUUCCGGACCAUUUUGUGGUCCAGUUCAGGAAAGCCAAAUCACAAUGUGCCUUAACCCCCAUCUGCAGAGGAACUUCCCUCAACUGAGAGCCCCAAGCACUGUGCAUAGAGCGGGACCACGCAGUCUGUGUGCGCUAUGGAGUAGGCCUUCACGGGGGUUCUCUGCACUGCUGUGAAGAAGGUGAAUAUGUUUUGGACAUGACCAAGGAUUUCAUGCCAUCUAAUGGUGAGUGUGCAGGGAGCAGUAAGACCAUAUUGGCUACUCAAUCCCCAUACUCUCAUUACCCUGUAGUGGCCAGCUGUAGGCCACAAGGGGCCACAUCCAGGACUGGCUCACGUCAGCUGAUGCGGGCUGCGGGGCUAUAAAAUUGCACUAUGGGUGUUCGGGCUUUCUCCAGCCCAAGCCCAAAUGUCUCCAGUGCAAUUUUGUAGCUCUGCGAGCCCAAGUCUGCUUACAUGGGCCAGCUGCGGGUGUUUUAUUGGAGUGUGGACAUACCCGAUUGGGGUCUGGCUACCCCAGAGUGAGAUUCCUGAGCAUUUGCCUCAGGCUGUGCUGUGUCCCAUGCUAUUAUGUGUUUCCUAAUGUAGCUGCUCACCUGUUAGCUCAUUAGUGCUCCUAGGGUUACCAUCCGUCCAUAUUUCCCCGGACAUGUCCGGCUUUUGCGUCUCUAAAUAGCCGUCCGGGAGGAAUUGGU